GCCACGCCCACACGCUCGCUCGGGGCCGGGCAUAUUCAAUAGCAUUGGCAGAAUUCCCUUCGCAUUCUUAAUAUUGUUUAAUAAUUGGCCAGAUAUGUGGCGUGACUGUGCUAUGCAUGAUGAGUAAUCAUCGUCUUGAAUAGGAACAUUUGAAUCGGUUGUAAUAUAUUAUCACCGUGUUUUGGAAGCGUGUGACAAGCGGGUACAGUGUUAGCACGUGUUGUGUACGAGAAAUCGGCGUGUGAGCAUGUACAUGUACAUGUACAUGUACUACGGGAAUACGGGAUAAACAAACGCAGACACACAGGUCCGAGUGUAUGUUGACAACGAACCGAUCCGAACAUGGAGAAUCUUGGAAUAGAAAUGAGCACUCCGUCUACCGAGGAGUUUGAUAUGGACCGAAACGGCUCACCGACCCAUGUCAACGUGGAACUAGUGGACGGAGGGGGCAAGCCUAGCUACAGGUUGUACAAGAUGAGAUGGUGGGUGUUGGCCACCUUAUCGGUAUUGAACUUCUCAAACGCCAUGGCAUGGAUAUGCUUCGCUGCCAUCACAAACUUCACAGCGGCCUACUAUCACGUGACUGCCGAUGACGUCAACUGGUUGUCGCUCAUAUACCUCGUCGUCGCUGUGCCCGUUGGGUUCGUCACAGGAUGGGUGCUAGAUACGUUUGGCAUUCGAACAGGAAUGUUGAUAGGAUCCUGGACCAAUCUUCUCGGCAUCAUCCUGCGGUAUCUCAGCACCCUCCCAGCCGUGCCCGAGGACGGCCGCUUCGCCGUGGUCAUGUGCGGCCAGGGCCUGGCGGCCUUCGCCCAGCCCUUCCUGCUCUUCGCCCCGACCAAGCUCGCAGCGGUGUGGUUUCCGGAGAAUCAGCGAGCCAUCGCCAAUACGCUGGGCUCCAUGGCCAAUCCCUUGGGUAUCCUCGUCUCCUUUCUUGUGUCUUCGGCGAUCGUCUCCAAGCCUUCCGAUUUACCCACAAUGUUAUGGGUGUACAUUAUCCCGGCGGCUGUUGCAUGUGCGAUGUGCACUUUGGGGGUGCAUAGAAGCACCCCGCCCACCCCACCGACCGCCAGUGCUGCCGGAGACCAUGAAUCGUUUUAUUCUGGAAUGAAGAAGUGUGUUCGAAAUGUCCCGUUCAUGAUUCUCCUGGUCACCUUCGGGGGUGGUUAUGCAAUCUUCAAUGCUCUCAGCACCUUUAUGGAGCAAAUCGUCUGCCCGAUAGGUUACAACGACGAUUUUGCUGGUUUGGUCGGUGGUAUGAUGAUAGCCUUCGGUCUUGUCGGUGCUAUAAUCGCUGGGUUGAUCGUAGACCGGACUCAGGCCUUCACGCCCGUUACCAAGAUAUGCUUCACUUUAGCUGUGUUAAGUAUCAUCGGAAUGGCGCUGUUCACCCACUUCGACAACCUGGGCAUUCCGGUCGCUAUUUUUGCCGUGGGCUUCGGCCUCUUCGGCUUUGCCAUGUUCCCGAUUGCCUUGGAGCUCGGUGUCGAGUGCACCUAUCCCGUGGCGGAAGGCACCAGCUCUAGCCUGCUCCAGAUAUCAGGCCAAUUUCAAGGCAUCAUCUUGAUCCUGAUUGGUCAGUUUCUGGCCCAACCCCUCAACACUAUGGACGCGCCCGUUCAGCAAUGUAUUCCAAUCAACACGACAACCGUCGGCACCCUGGCACCAAUAACAUUAGCGGAUAAUGUUACCUCGGCGACGUCAACCACUGAGAGGUACCAAUAUUCGCCGAUUUAUAUACAGGAUAUGUCGGUUCCCCUGUACGUUUAUGGUGGCUACGCCAUUGUUAUCUGUUUGAUACUGGUACUCGCGUUCAGGACUACGUACAGACGCAUAGAAGCAGAGCAGGCUACCAACAACACAUAAUGUAUACAUAAUUAUAGACGAGAAUCAGUUGACAACUACUAGAAGAUGGACCGUGGACGGUGUACGUUCUAUGGCAGCAACGGCCUCAUUACGCCAUGUGUAUACCAAUUGUUCUGGCUCCAAGGCAUGGAAACGACACGAGUCGAAGACUGUAUGUUUGACGGAGCUAUAGUUUCAAAGCGAUUAGGGGCCUAAUUCUUUCCAAAUAAUAAUGCAUUAAAGGGUAUCUUGUGGCUAAUUUCAUGGGCCUAAUGGUUAUAAUUAUAUAUGAAAUAAUAGAAUAUAUAUAUUUUUUAAAAUUGCUAAUUCCGAGGCCUUCUGAAUGAUCUGCGUAUCGGAGAUUGCUAACGUUUCUGCUGUGGCAUGGUGCUCACGAUCUCCGCGUGCUAUCUACAAUACAAAUCGGGUCAUAUUUAUGCCGUCAUUCUCUGUUAGGCUAUAGCACUCUUAAAUAUCUGUUUGUCAGUUUUGAUGGGAAAAGUAUUCAAAAUUGCAUGCACCAGCUGAAUACAGCCAUAUUGGGUGCAACCUUUUGCCAGGGAAAUCUGACUAAAAAAAUUUUUUUAAGUGUACGUUCAUGCCCAUAAACCGUUCUUGUGCAGUUUUGUUAAAAUUAUCAAAUUCGUAUAUUUAAGUGCAUAUACUCAGGGUAUCGUUUAGCUCCACCAUAUAUUUUUUGUUAAAUAAUAAUAUGGGUGUUAUGAUAUUAAAAAAAUUUAAUUGUCCGAGUACGUAAACUUUCACUAUAUUUUUGAAGGUCGGUUAAAAACCGUUUUAUAUAAUAGGUAACACAGCCGGCAACGUGCUAAUUUUUACCCGUAUGAUUUCAGUGUUGAAGAUAUAUGUAUAUCAUUUGCAUUUUCGAUGUUAAGGGAUAUCUGAUUCGUUUUUAAAUUUAGCUAGAACAGAUAAUGAUUUGAAGGUUAUUUAUUAUCUAAAUUCCUGUUAACUAAUGUGCCCUUAAGGGGACAUUUUCGUCAUAAGUUAUACCUUGGGGAGACGCCGGACAUUAAGGAGACAUUUCAAUGUCUCCCUAGGCUAGAUCGAUUGCUCAUGGUCCAAAACUAAAAUUUACUAGAAUUCGUGGGGGUAGGAUAAGAUAAAUUGGGGUUAGGGCAUUAAAGUUGGAAAAUAUUUGUGCACAACUCUAUGGGAAUGUCCCCCUCAGGUAACCUUCCCCGUUAAAUCUUUGUUCGUAUUAAUUUGUAUAUAUGGUAGAACAAAAUGGUAGCACCUGUUAAGUAAAUGUAUUCUUAAAAAGUUAACUUAGAUUCCACCCGUCCUUGUCAUUAUUUUGUAUGCCUAAUUAAAAAGCCAUUUUGAUCAAC